AUGGCUAAUUCAGCAACAACAAUCGAUGCACGAUUGAAAGAAGCGAUACCAUUGUAUGAGAAAUUGAAAAGCGAAUGGAAUCGCAAACCACCCAAUGUUGCCAAAACUGAUGAAAUCGUCGCUUCAUUAAAAAAUUUAUUUGCGGAAGGCGGAUUCUAUCCAUCUGAUUCCAGUGAAGAUACACGUGGUUUACAUAUUGCACGUGAUACUCUUGAAAUAGCUGCUCAAUGUGCAAUUGAAAAAGGUGAUAUUUCCGCAUUCGAACGGGCCUUGGCGCAACUCAAACCAUUUUAUUUCGAUCUCGAGAAUCGCAUUCCGGAAUCGCCCUACCGUUAUUUAUUGCUUGGUUUGAACUUGCUUUGUUUACUUUCUCAAAAUCGCCUUGCUGAUUUUCAUACGGUAGUAGAGUUAGAACUUCUUCCACCAAAAGAUAUUCAAACAAAUCCGUACAUUAAACAUCCUGUUUCACUCGAACAAUAUUUGAUGGAAGGAAGUUACAACAAGGUUUUCCUGGCCAAAGGAAAUGUUCCAUCACCUCUUUUUACUUUCUUCAUGGAUAUUCUUCUCAAUACGAUUCGCGAUGAAAUUGCAUACUGUAUGGAAAAAUCCUACAAACAGGUGUCAUUAAAAGAAGCCGCACGAAUUCUUUAUUUAACAAAACAAGAAGAAUUAAAUGAAAUAGCUAAAACACAUGGAUGGAAACUAGAACCGGACCAAUCAUUUCAUUUCGUGAAUAAUCAAAGCAAGCCGGAAAACGAACAUGUACCUGCUGAUGAAAUUGCCACGCAAAUGAUUCAAUAUGCACGCGAAAUGGAAAUUAUUAUCUAA